UAUCAGUUAACUUAUUACAGAUCGGUCUUCGAGGACUUCAGUUUUAGUGAGUGACCCUCGAGAUUCACGCUCUGGACAACCCUUCUUGAAGCUUGAUCUGCGUCCUGACUAGCCUGAUCCAGUAAUCCUCCCUCUUCCUUCCGUUGUUCUUGCCGAUACGCAUUCUGCUGCUCCCCCCUUGGCCCCUAUGGGAGAGGACAUUUCUGGUCAAUUAUUCGUGGUGUUGGAUCGCGCGGGUGUGGAUCUCGAUGAAGGUGCUGCUUCCGAGAACAACAACCUGUUACGGCGGUGGUUUGGGCUGCAAGCGUUGGCGAUAGCUGAAGGAGGAUCUGGAGCACUCAGCAGUGUCCUCCGUUGACGAGUGAAAUGGCUUCUCUUCAAACAGCAGUGUGAUUGUCAAUCUCAGAGUAGAGAGAGAGAGAGAGAGAGGGCAGUUGGGGGAGGGAGGAGAUAUCGACAAAGUCCCUCGCUGCCGACCUUCAGAGCUUGUCUUCUGAUGCUGUUCGAGGAAGACCUCCUCAGAAACGAACACCGAAUCAGUUCCAUGGACAAACAGCCCAAACUCUUUUCAAGAAACACUAGGGUUGAAAACGUGCAUGAUAGAGCAAUGAUGGUGGAAGUGAGACAGACUUCUCCCGAUGUUCUAGUGAUGACUGUGGAAAUUCCACCUGGUGAGCACGAAUAUAUUUGCCAUGAAGAUAUUCCCGGUCCCGCUGGAGGCCGCCCAGGAUAUGUAAUUGUUUACAUUGAAGGUGCCAGGGAAAUGAGUAAAAAAUAUAUUCAUCCUAUUGAUAUUAUGGCAAAUGAGAAACUAGAGUUGAACUACUCGAGUGAGGGGGGUUUCACCAUCACCCUUACCAGGGGAAAUUUCAUCCGGAGGCUCGGGUUUAUUAUCCGAUUGAAACGAGUAGCUCAACAGAUUAAGUCACUGGGGAAAUAGAUUGGGGACGCCAGAUUCUUAAAUCAUCACUUCUUUCCUUGGUUUUCCAUAGAUUCUCCAUGUUGCAUGAUUUUAUAUAUUUGCUUUGUGUUUCCUAAUUGUCUUGCUAUAAGCUAAAAGGUUACUAUGUUUCAAGCUUUUAUUGGCUUUCUCAUU